AUGUCAUAUUUACAAAAUUAUCGGUGUUCCCAGAAAGACUGUGCAAUAAGUGUUUCUGGAGGCCGAGGAGCCCGUGGCCUGCACUCAGGAGGGGUCAUUAGUGAUGGGUAUGGAAUAAAAACUACUGAUUUGGAGGAAGUGGGACCAAAACAAAGGAGCGGCACCAGGCGCCUGAGAAUGAGUGCGCGGGUGGAUGCGGUGGACGCCAGAGUCCAGACGGCAGUGACGAUGAGCAAGGUGACCAAGUCCAUGGCCGGUGUGGUCAAGUUAAUGGACACGACAUUGAAGAUCAUGAACCUGGAGAAGAUCUCUGCCGUGAUGGACAAAUUUGAGCACCAGUUUGAGACACUGGACAUGCAGACGCAGCAGAUGGAAGACAAGAUGAGCAGCACGACGUUACUGACCACUCCCCAAGGCCAAGUGGAUAUGCUGCUCCAGGAGAUGGCAGAUGAGGCUGGCCUCGACCUCAACAUGGAGCUGCCGCAGGGGCACCAGCAUGGCCUGGGCCAACAGGAUGAGCUGUCCCAGGGACCGGCCCACCUUCAGGAUCAAGUGUGA